GAUCCCUCUCAGUAGUUGCCCAGUCGUUGCCACGGGCGUAGUAACAUUUUUGGAUAAUUAUUUAUUUUAAAUGUGAUAUAAUACAUAUCGCGUCCGGUUUAAUCAAGGCAAGGCUUUUUAAAACAUCGCUUUGCGUUAAAUCGUUAACUGCCGUUAAGAUCGUUUUCGCGAUAAAUAAGUGUAAUAUUUUUUUGGGGGUGGGGGUAACGAAAUUCGGAUUAACGGUUGUGAAGUGCUUCGCCGGUGUAUCACAAGUUCUUUAUUCUGUUGUAUAUAUUGAAAAGGGUGCAAGUGUAGUGCAAUGAGGAUGCGGCGGCGGAUUUUCCUCAAAUCCUGGCCCAACAUCGACGAAAGUCAAAAUUGAAAACGAAUGCUGUUAAGCCGAGGAAUGGAGGGGUCGUGGCAGAGGGAGCAGCGAAAGCACUGCCAUAUUCUGCUCAACCCUUUGUCAAACACAAAACAAGCUGCAUAUGAACGAAAGCGGCAUAACGGAAGACCUGCUCGCAAAGACGACGCUUUAAAAAAAAGAAGUCGCAAGCCGGGGCUGUAGCGAUUGGACGGAGUGAAUGUGUGCGUGUUUGUGUGUAAGAGUAUGUGUGUGUGAGAGAUAGAGAGAGUGUGUGUUUGUAUGUGUGAGGGAGAAAGAGGGCACCUUCCUUGUUCGAAAGUGGAAAGGGGUUUAUAAUUAAUAAAAAAAAAGAAGAAAUAGAAAAAGAAGGUGUCAUGGGCCCGGCACCCUCUUUUGUCAUCAAUUAAGAAAUGCAAGUAGUUAGGGCUGAGGCCCAGCUAGUGAGCAUGUGGCUCACUAGAGAAUGAAGAAGCAAAACGUCCGGACCCUAUCGUUGAUCGUCUGUACGUUCACCUACCUCCUCGUUGGCGCUGCAAUCUUUGACGUCCUCGAAUCCGAAACAGAAAAACGACGCAAGGAAGCUUUAGAUGCCAUUGAAAGAAUGGUUAUUAAUAAAUACAACAUAAGCGAAGUGGACUACAAGAUUAUGGAAACCGUGGUGUUGAAAUAUGAACCACACAAGGCCGGUAAGCAGUGGAAGUUCGCCGGUGCGUUUUAUUAUGCAACCACGGUGCUCACCACUAUCGGUUAUGGACACUCGACACCAAAUACUAUAAGGGGAAAGCUCUUUACCAUGUUUUAUGCGAUCGUCGGUAUACCAUUGGGCCUUGUGAUGUUCCAAAGCAUAGGAGAACGGGUGAAUAAAUUCUCAUCCGUUGUGAUACGAAAUGUUAAACGACUUCUUAACUGCAGGAACGUUCAGGCCUCGGAAAUAAAUCUUAUUUGUGUGGUGACAACACUUUCGAUCCUAACCAUCGCAGGCGGAGCUGCCGCUUUCUCUAGAUACGAGGGCUGGUCCUACUUUGAUUCUGUCUACUAUUGCUUCAUUACAUUGACAACAAUCGGUUUUGGUGACAUGGUAGCCUUACAGAAAAAUAGGGCUCUCGAAGAAAAGCCCGAAUAUGUCAUGUUCGCUUUGAUCUUUAUCCUCUUUGGACUUGCCAUCGUGGCUGCCUCUUUGAAUCUUCUCGUUCUACGAUUUGUAACGAUGAACACAGAGGAUGAAAAAAGAGAUGAAGCUGAAGCUCUGCAGGCUGCGCAGGGUGCGGUGCGACUGGAAGGCGACGUGAUAACAGCGAAUGGCUCGAUAUUAUCGGGUCAGUUGGGUAACCAGGGUGACACUAUCUCUCUGGACGAUGACGGGGCGUCGGUUUGUAGUUGUCGAUGCAGUGGUUUUUACAAGAAACGACGACGAUUACCACGCUUUACAGUGCGUCGGUCGCCUGGCAAAAUAUCACAUUUGCUACCGAUGCAACAACUUCCGGCUAUGAACCUUCGGCCUCCGCCUUUAACGCCACUCUUGCAGCUACCACCAAUGUAUCAACAUCGGGCCAGCAUCUAACGAAUAUCCAAUCGUUCUUUGUGUUGCCAAAUAAAUAACAAUUUCAAUAAUAAUAAUUAAGGUACCAAUUUGCGACGAGCUUGUUGUAAUUCUUACGUAUAUACGUAUAAAUAUAUUAACGAAAAAAAACAAGAAAAUUGCAAGAACAAAAAUCAAUGGAAAUGUGCGACCAGUCAAUGAGGCACUAUAAUGAAAUUUUCGAUUAUGUUAACAGAAAAAAUUGUUUACUAAAGUCGAAUCAAAUUAUAUAUUCAAUUUUUAUUUUUCAAACCUACGAAAACUUUUUCUUUUUAUUAAAUUUCAAUUAAAAGAAAAAAGAUUCUUUUGUUUCUCUAUUCGGAGGAAAAAGAUUCAAACUAUUGGAAAGAUUUCAAGAAGCCAUGAAUUUCAUUUUGUUCAACUUUAUACACCUACAAAGAAUUAUAUCUAACUUUCAAAACUUUAUUUUAUUUCCGGAAUUUAACGAUCUACUUUUGAUUUGUUACACUUUUCACUGUUUUUUUCCUUCAAACUUUUGAAUCAACAAAUUUAGAUAUAAAAACCACUUUAUUAAACAAAACAAAAAAUUAAUCAGCUUAAUACUUUUUUUUUAUUGAAAUAAAAUUUGAUUUUUAACUUCAAAGUCGAUUAAAGAAAAAGUUUUUGCCGAAGAAGAAAAAGUUUUCGAAUUGUUUCUUUUUCUAAUUAUUGAAUAAAAAAAUUUAUGUGUCUUUCAAAAUAAGAUCUGGCACUCAAUGGAUGUAAAUAUAUACAAUAUUCACAAAAAAGAAGAAGAAAAAAAUAAACGCAAAUUUCAUUCUAUAUCCGUGCACAAUUUUUGAUACUCAAUUUGCUCAAAAUAUUGAACGAAACAAUAUAUAUGCUAUACGUUAUUACAAAUUUCAUGAAAGAAAAGGAAAAAAAAAACAAAAUUUAUUUUCUAAAUUAUAAAAAAAAAUUCAUUUUUCAAUAGUCUCUCUCUUACUAUAUCCAAAAAAGUUCAAAAAAAUAAAUUGUUUAUUUUAUAAAUAAAAAAAAACAAACAUUUCAACGUCAAUUUCGCGACUGAGUCCAGAGGGAAAUUCGAUUUUCUCGCGAAAAAAAGAACGUAUCUUUCAAAUAAAUGGUACGACUAUCGACAGAAAAAAAAAAAAAAUUGACGACCAGUCGUGCCUCGCCAAAAAAAUAAGUUCGCAUAAUAUUCAAUCUAUUUAGAAGCGGGAAAAUAGUUUCAUUUUUUCUUUAUUGAUUCAACGAAACUAAAAAUAGUUUUUCCCCUCUUUUUUUGUAUUUUAGUUUAAUACAAUUUUUUUUUUCUUGAGUUAAAAUUUGAAUCGCCUCACUCCAAAACAUAUUUCCAAAAUAAGAACAAAAAAAAAAAAAGAAAUACUCUUCUUAUAAGUGAGUAAGAAUUACUAAUAUAGAUAUAUUUAGAAAUGGAUUAAAACACAGAGUGAUCAAUUGUCUUCUAUCUUAUAGAAAUAAGAAAAAAAAAUUAUACAAGAAAAUUACAAAGAAAAUAGAAAACAAAAUAUAUAUAAGAAAAUAACUAUUGCGAUUUCUUGAAAAUCAACAUGUCUUAUUGAGAAUUGUGUACAAAAAAAAAAAGUUGUACAAGUGACCAUUGUGUUUAGUGACACAAAAUGAAAUAAAUGAAGAGAUAAAGAUAUUUAAAGAAAGAAAAAUAGGAAAUAACGUCACACUAUAUGCCAAAAAAAAACAACUUUUUCAUCAGAGACAUUUUACAAUUUGUAUAUAUGAACUAUAGAUAUUAAAAAUUGUACGAUUAGUAAUAUAUAACUCAAAAAACUUUUGACUUAUGUGUAUAAAACGUAAUUUAGAGAUAUAUAUAUAUUAUAUAAAAAAAGUGAAUUUUGUAACAAUCUUAUACAACAAGUAUUGUUGUCUUUUCAAAUUAUCUAAAAAUAGUACCAAAAUAUUUUAAUUAAAAAAAAAUAAUUUAAAAAUUAAAUGCAUAAGUGAUUUGAAAGUUUAGUUAUAAAAAAAAUUAAUAAUUUACUGGAAAAAAAAUAGUGACACGAAUUAAUCGCAACCUUAUUUGUUGAAUUUUAUUGUUACAAAACAUGUUGAAUGUGUGAAAUGCGAGGACACUGACUUCCAUUCUCAAAUUUUCCAAUUUCUACACUUAAAAAAAAAAUAACAAUUUCAUCGUUUACAGAUCAUAGCAAAAAAUACUUUUUAAACGAAAAACUCGUAUUUAUAUAUUAUAGUUACAGUAGAUCCUCGCGAAGCUAUCGCGUUAUCAAAACUAAUUCAUUGACAUAAAAAAAAGUUUUUGAAAAAAUUUAUCAUUUCUAUAAAUAUUUUUCAACUAAUCUUGUAUUUAAUCAAAUUAUAUUGAGAUGUAACAUUUUUUUUUUAUACAUUUUUAAUAUAUUUUUGAACAUUUUUAAUUGAAGGGAAAAAAUAAUUGAAUAUUGAAAUGUUUUGAUAACGCGGUCAUUUCAGCGACAAUAAAAAAAAAAAAAGAAAAAAGUUUUUUGGGAUCGCUCUGUGAAAAUCAGCUUUAGUCGCUUUUUCCUAUAAACCACAUUAAAUCCAUUCCAAUUAUAUGGCAUUAGUUUCAAGCCUCACUUUCAAAACUGAUACCUAAAACUCUCUUUAUAAGUGCAAGAAAACAAGAUACUUGCCAGAUCUUCAUUACCCCAAUUAACGGAAAAAAAAAGAAAAUCCUUUGUAAUAUAGUAGGAUAGAUAUAAUAAAUUAUUAUUGUACGAUACCGCCAAUUAUAAACUAAUGCGAUUGCGUCUCUGUGAGAUUUAAACAAAUUAGUAUUAAUUUAAGAAUUUUUUUUUUUUUUUUAUUUGAUGAAUGUAGUCCUGAUGAACUUGGUAUGAAUUAUUGUAAAAUUAAGUAAUUGAUAUAAAAAUAAUUAAAUUUAUUUGCUGAAGUUAUCAAAAAAAAAAAAAUAAAUUUCAUCUUCUGAAUUAUAAAUAAAUUGCAAUUAUAUUUACGUAUAAAGAAAAAACUGCAUGAGUAUAAAUGGCCAUAAUGUUGAGUCCGAUUGCGCAAUAUAUAAAUAUAUUUAUUGUAAUAAGCUUUAAAAUGCUAUAUAAUUGAAUGUAAACGACAUUGCGAAUAAAAUCACCGCGCGCACAUUGCAGGAAUUUUGUUAUAUUCACUGUAUAAUAUUUGUAAUAUAGCGUAUCCCUAAAGUAACAAAAAGAAAAAAGAAAAAGAAAAAAAAAGAAGAGUCCAAACUUUUUUGUGCCGGAAUGUCAGAAUAUUCUGACAAAAAAAAGGGGAGGGGGGAAAUUAUGUAUAAUUGGAUUGCCUUUAAUUCUUAAAAUGCUAAUAAUUGUCCAAAUAGAAUAUUAUAUUUGCGAAACACCUUAUAAAACUGGUGAAUUAAUUCCUCAUAUAGAAGAAAAGAAAAAAAAAAACAAAA